UUAAAUUAGUAAUUGUUUAUUAUUAUUAUUGGUAACAUUUAAAGCCACCAGUCGAACGGUUAGUUCGAAGAAUUUGGCGCUGCAGUCGUUACACAAAUUUACAUACGCAUCGUAUUAUUUGGCGGGCACGUAUUUGCGUCUUUUAUUCCGAAAUUGCAGAAAGAAUAGCGAUUCGCUAUUCGAAUACCUACGACGAGUAAGAGCAGCAAACGUAGAGCCCGGCAGCAAAAACGAGAAAGAAGCUAUCGCAAAAGUAAGAGUGAGUGAGAGAGAAGUAAGUUUAUUCAGUAUGGCAUGCGUCGUAGAAGCAGCUGCUUCUGUUUUCGCGAACGAUCAGCGAUCGCAUCUACGACAACGACGUUAAAACGAGUUUACGAAUUACUUCUGUGCACGAUAUAAGCUGCAAAAGCAAGCAAGAGAAAAGAGAAGAAAGACGAAGAGAAACUUUGCCGAGGUUAUAACUUGGAGACUUAUAGAAUCGUUCGCCUCACGACUCAUACUCACGACUACGACGCAUUCUCUUUCUUUGUCUUUUGACCGACUGCGCCAAUCGCCAAUACGACGAAUCUCUCAGCACAAAGGGACAGAACGCACGCACGGCUUCGUGCGCGGGUGACGAAUAAUCGCUGUAGAGAAGGUGUUAGCCGGCGCGACGAUAACUUUAGGAAAAGAAGAAACAUGACGGCCGAUCUGUCGGAGCUACGUAUGAACGUAGCUGCGCUCAAGCGGGUUGAUCCCUAUGUCAAGGACAUCCUGGAAACAGCAACUCACGUUGCACUUUAUACUUUCAAUAGUGAAAAUAACGAGUGGGAGAAGACUGAUAUCGAGGGUGCCCUCUUCGUGUAUUCGCGCAUUGGUGAACCCUACAACAGCAUUCUUAUUAUGAAUAGACUAAAUACAAACAAUCAAGUAGAGCCAGUAACUCCAGGCUUAGAUUUACAAUUACAGGAACCAUUUUUAUUGUACAAAAAUUCAAAGGGUAAUAUUUAUGGUAUCUGGUUUUACGAUAAAGAUGAAUGUAUACGAAUUUCAUCGAUGCUAAACAAACUUGCCAAGGAAUCAGUUUCUACUAAUAAAGUAACGCCAAAGAAUAAAAAGACUGUGCAGAGAAAAUCCAACAAUGUUGAUAUAUUCAGCAUGCUGAGUAAAGCCCAAGAAGAUUUUAAUACUAAUAUAAGUAAUAAUACAGAAAGAGGUGUUAGGGGAUUAGAUUCUAAAUCUCCAAUGAGCAAUGCAAUCGGAGAGCUUUCCGGAGCUUUAUCAGCCAUGGUAAUGGCCCCAGAUGUUACAUCUAAAAGUGUUAUGGACUUUUUUGCAAAAGCCAAAGUUAAUACCGGGCAUUUCAAAGCUGGCGAUCAACCUCAGGCAGGUACUGCUGUAAAUGAGGGUAAGCCUCUAUUGGCCCGUUUGAUGUCUCAUCCAGCAGCGCACACUGUAGAGCAUAUUGAAAAACAACAGAGAUCCAUUACACCUCAACCAUCGGUACCGACUCAAUCACAAGGUGGAAUGAUUUCUAUGAAUAAUCAAAGUUGUGAAAAUUCAAUAAUAACGAAACUCAGAAACAAAAUGCCUACUCAAUCGAAUACAAAUGCACCUACAGUAUCCAGAAUGAUUAAUCAAGAAUAUCCAUCAGCGCUCAACUCAUCUGCAUGCAAUGUUAUCGUAUGUCCAGAACAUUCUGUAAUGAAUUCAGACGAUACGAAUAGUUCCUCGAGCUUCCUUAGGAUACAGUCGCCCACAGCCAGAAAUUCAAACAACCUUAUAAAUCAGCAUAAAAGUAACGCCAAUGUAUCAAAUUUUGUUGAUGCAUAUGAAACACUUCAUAAGCAGAAUAAUUCUGCAUCCAGUAAUCCAGUUUCGUUUGACUCUUUGUUUCAACACAGUUCAACGUCGAACGUAUGCGAUGACCUUAUAGCGCCGUCGCUUACAUCAAAAACGUCAGCUUUGUCGUCGAGUGGAGGGUCGGCGCCGGCACUCAUCCCUCCGGGCAUGUUUGCAGCCCCGAGUCCAGCCACCAACACCACGGAGCCACUCUACCGACCUGUCGAGCCUCUUACGAGGAAUCAGCUGCUCCAAGCAUUCGGCUAUUUAUUGCGCACCGAUCCGGAUUUCGUUAACAAGCUACACGAGGCUUACGUCAAAUCAUUCAGCGAAAUCCUUUCCUAGGCAUGGUACCGCGCCGACGAUCAUGACGACCAU